AUGGAGACGUCAGGCGGUUCAGAGAGCUCGAGCGGCGAGGACGCGGAGGCGCGGCGGUCACGGCGCGGGCACGUCCUCGCGGAGCUGCUGCAGACCGAGCGGGUCUACGUGCAGGAGCUCGGCUCCAUACUCACUGGUUACAAAGAGGAGAUCGAGAAGCCAGAGAACCAGCACCUGCUGCCGGCGACGCUGGUGGGGCAGGCCGACGUGCUCUUCGGGAACUUGCACGAGCUCUUCACAUUCCACCAAGACGUGUUCCUCAAGGACCUGGAGCGGUCCAUCUCGGCUACAGAACUCGUCGCACUGUGUUUUGUUGAAAAGCGCGAGACAUUCUUCCGGCUGUACAGCUACUACUGCCAGAACAUUCCUCGAUCAGAGCGACUCCGUGAGACUCUGGUGGACACACACCUCUUCCUACAAGCAUGCCAGUUGCGGCUAGGACACAAGCUGCCGUUGGCCGCGUAUCUGCUCAAGCCAGUGCAGAGGAUCACCAAGUAUCAGCUGCUAUUAAAGGACCUCCUACGGUACAGCGAAUGUGGCUCGAUGAGCUCGAACCUCCAGCAGGCCCUCGACUGCAUGCUGGUCGUGGUCAAGUGCGUCAACGACUCCAUGCACCAGAUCGCCAUCACUGGCGUACCGGUGGACCUAGCGCAACAAGGCGAGCUCCUCAUGCAAGGCUCAUUCCUCGUCGCGUCCGAGAGCAAACGGGACCUGCGGCUCAGAAUACGGCCGCGGCGCCGGCACAUCUUCCUCUACGAGAAGGCCAUGCUCUUUUGCAAGCCGGCUACUAAGAACAGCCACAACAAGGCUACUUAUCACUUCAAGAAUGAUCUCCAGAUGUCACAAAUUGGACUGACAGAGUCCGUGAAAGGCGACCUCCGCAAGUUCGAAGUAUGGCGGGAGCACCGACUAGAAGUACACACGAUCACAGCGCCCUCUGUGGAAGUGAAGCGAGCGUGGGUCGAGCGCAUCAAGAGGGUUCUACUCGAUCAGCUGAAGGAACUCAAGGGAGAGCGCGUCAGGAAAUAUGGAAUGCAACACAGCAGGACACUAAUCCAGGCCAGUUCCUGGGACCUGGGCCCCCCCGGGCCGCAAGCCAAGCCCCCCGCGCCCGCCUCCAACCCCCGCACGGCGUCCUGCGACUCGCACGACGAGCCCUGCUGGUCCACCGACCCCUCGGAGGACGAAGAGGACGAACCCGAACAGGCGCCGGCGGUGGGGUGCGGUCUGGUGGCGCUGUCGGAGUACACGGCGGUGGGCGCGAGCGAGGUGUCGCUACGUGAGGGCCAGCAGGCCGAGCUGCUCAAGGUCGGCUGCGCGGGCUGGUGGUACGUGCGACUGGCGGGCGGCCACGGCGAGGGCUGGGCGCCGGCGGCGUACCUCGACCAGCGCAAGACCUCCCGCUCGUCCAGCCGCUCACACGACCGGUUACACGACCACUGACUCCGGUCACAGCUCUGCCUACACCACUAACAACUGAAUAGGUCGACAGAUAACUGAUGUUUUGAGAGUUCGAUUAAGCUAAGUUUGCAAUGAAUUAAUGAAAAUAUUUAUUUUCAGGCAACUGUUGGCCCAUAGAUAAAUACCUUAAAACUAGCAUACAUAUUAUUAUAAAAUAUAUCUUAAAACUAAAAACACACAAUUAUGGCUGCGAUGCAGUUCGCAACUCCGCAGUGUCAGGGAACCGGCCGCGGAACCGCCGGAACUUGACACCCUUCGGCCAAAACUCCUCCUUGGUGAAGGUCGCUAGAUGUUCAGUCGGAACGCUCAGCACAAAAGAAUUAAAAUUCACACUGUGUCGAGAUUCCAACUUCACGACCCUCAGGAUGAAUCCGGACUUGACUCGUACAUACUUUACGAUCUCCUCGACCUUCGUAAGGUAGUGUAAUCGGGACACAUACAGCAAUGAAUAUGGCAACCCUAUCGAAGGCCUAUAGGCGUCCUUAACCCCUCGCGUCCCGUGGACUCGAUAUCGAGGCGACAGGAAAGUCACCUCUGAGUUUACAAAUGCGAUAAAUAAAUGUAUGAAGUUUUAAAACCCCUGGUUAAUACUUGAAGGUUUUUGACAUUUCAAAGUCCUGGGACUCGAGGGGUUGAGCGAUAACGAUCUUUAGCAAAACAUCGGGCAUUAUUUUAUUACACGGAGUACGUACGUCUGUCAAAUUGUUCAUUGCAAGCUUGGCUUGAUUUAAUUGUAUACUUAUUAUUCAGCGAUCGGCCUAUAAAUUCGGGCGCCAUUGUAAGGUAAAAAAUAAGAUACCUAGAAAAUACGAGGUGGCUUUUGUAACGCUCGUAACUUAGUGAUGGAUUAAGAAAUAUGUCACAAUGUAUGGAUUGAUAGUGCUCCAAAGCAGCAUCGAAGGAAAGUAAUUAAAGGUGUCUUGAAGGCUUGGCAAGUGACUGUAGUUGUAUUUAGUGCGACUUACGCACCUUUUCGGUCGCCAUAAACGAUGAGAUGAGCAAGGAAUUAUUCUAUGUUGGUGGUCAUGAGUUCAAUUCACAAGUGAAAGAAAUUGCAAAAGUGUAGCGAACUUCAAAGACGGAACACCUGCUUUAAAAUAUUGAUAGGUAUUACGAGUAGCGGUUUGAUAUAGGAUUGUAUGUAUAGGCACCUUGAGUAGAGUCACCCCACCUCGUUGUUAAUGUCGAACAAUAAUAUUUGUUAAUUAUUGUAAAUGUUGUUCUGAAGAAGCUUUAUUGUAAAUUAGUAUUAGUCGUAACUGAGACGAUAAGGUAAUCCAAAGCUAAGACCAUGUUUAAAGUGCGGACGCAUGUUGUUCACUGUCUCUUAUUCGCGACACAGACGUUUUUACUGACGAACUUUAAUGAACCUUAAUGUUAUGAUAUUAUAGUUGAAAUUUAAAUGGCACUCACACAAUAUACAGGCCUUUCGACUUUGAAUACAAAGAUGCUAUUGAAAUUGCAACUAUAAGUUCAUGGCAAUAGGUGUCAUUUGUGUAAGACGUGUGUGAUGUGGCGUUAUAUGCGUAGACUUUUUAAAAGGAAUUAAAUUUGGAAUUUAUGAAUUGUAUAAGUCCCGGUAUUAAACAUGCAUUCCCACUGCGAACCUGCUAGCGUAGGGCGUUAAGUAAGCCGUGACUGUUUCAUAAUUGUUCUGUACAUACUUUUAUUAAUUAAUUAUAGUUAUUUAUUUGCUACGGCUUUUGGUGUUAACUCGUGCUCGCCUUAUGGCUGAUUUCGACGAUGCGAGAACUCGAAUGCGAGUUUCGUACCAUUGCGGGUUUUGAUCGGUCGGUUGAAUUGGACGUAAGCAACAGUCCGCAGUGUAACUAAAAUCGCAUGCGAGUUCGCGCGUUGUCUAAAUCAGCCCUUAUCCAUGACAUUUGUUGUGGUUGUAUUGUACCGUUAGGGACCUGUGUAUUAUAGUUAAAGUUUGCUCUUAAUGAGUGAUUGUUCAUGGAUGUUGUCGGUCUAUGCUGAAAAUGCGGCUUUCCGCGCUAUAAAUAAAUAAGAGCAUCGAUAUUGUAUGAGUCCUGCCCUAGUUUUUGUCCCUAAGGUGAUGACGUAGAUUUCAUAAUCAUCGAUCAUUUUCAUAUCACUAGUUAUCUUUCUCAAAUUUAUAUUACCUACAGAAUACUAAAAUCAUAUGAAGAAUCAAAUUAUGUAUUGAAUAAAUUCUUACGUGUAAUUUACAUAAGUUAAGAUGAAAUCGGGAUCCAUAUUUAUACAUUUUUAAAUAUCUUAUUAUGUCGUACCUGUUUAAUUGAAAGGUGCUUAAAGGUUCAUCAUGCCUAUAUUGGUGCAUAAGUUUGGAUUUUUUUGCUCGUUAAUGUCCAAGGGAUUUAAUAAAAGGAGACAAAUCUAAGUAUAUUUACUUAUUUUCAAUUCUAUCCACAAUGCAUAAGCUCGUUAUUGCAUUUAAUUCAUAGGUGUUAUAUUUACCAUUUUUUGAUCAAUAUUUAUAAAACAUGUCCGUGUGGGUUUCGGUCUGUCUAAAAUCUCCUUACUUUUCCUUAGAGUUUGAUUACCAAAAACCUGAUGUGUCUAAGUUUUACCUUUAUUAAUACCAAAUUUCAUUAAACGGUUUAGAGUCUAGCUGUGAAAUUGUAAGAGAUAGACAGUGAAAUAUAUAAACACUAAAAUGUAAGUCUUCUUUUCAUUCCAAACCCUUGGACAUUAAAACCUUUUAAAUUACUUUGAUUACAACUAGGUAUGUGUUUUUGCUAGUCGGCAUUCAUUUAAAAUUUAAUUAUAAUUACUUUUGUAGAUGAAACAAAAUCAUUUGUCAUUUUCAUUUCCCAUUGUGAAUGCGUAGAAGUUGUCUCUUAGUGUCAUUUUUUGACCUGUAGUUCCAUGUACCUAAUGUGUUAUUUUCAUUUAGUGAAAAUGUUUUGUAUUAUAUAAACUAAGUUCAUUUUCGAGCUGACCACAAUACACUUAUUGUCCAUUU